UACAGGUGUGAGCCACCUCGAUCCACCUAAUCUGUUUUUUUAGUGCCGGUGUCUGAUGACUUGAGUCUGGAUUACCUGUGGGUCUAUUUCUAUUUUCUCAUUUUUAGAACAUCAGUUCCUGUUUUCUGGCAUGCCUGCUCAUUUUUGGCUGAACAUUUGGACGAUGAUGUAUCUUCUUUGAGGACGGAUUUAACUUUCUUCUAGCAGACAGAGUCUGAGCAGAUCACCUUGGUCAAGUAGAGGCUGGUUUUCUUUGGUUUGCCCGAAUUCCCAGGGCAUAGCCCUUCUGGGAUCUCAAACUCGGGGGACCCCUUCUCUUUGCUGGACCCAACGAUCUAACAAAAGUUUGUCUCCCUAGCACCGAGAGACUGCUGAAGAAAUACUUGCUCAGAAAUACUAGAGGCUUCAGGGAAAAGACUAGCAGCUUCUUCCUGCUGGAUUCUGAGUAUUGCCCCAGAAAGGCGAAAACUCUCCAGAUGUCUUCUAAUAAUGUUGAAGUUUUUAUCCCAAUGUCGCAAAAUAACACCAAUGGCGUGCCAGGGACAACCUCCAGUGAUCUGAAGACAUGCAGUGAAGGAGCGGUGUUAAGUUUCCAUGACAUCUCCUACCGAGUAAAAGUGAAGAGUGGCCUUCUACGUGGCCGAAAAACAGUUGAAAAAGAAAUACUAUCAAAUAUCAAUGGGAUCAUGAAACCCGGCCUCAAUGCCAUUCUGGGACCCACAGGGGGAGGAAAAUCUUCGUUAUUAGAUGUCUUAGCUGCAAGGAAAGACCCACAUGGAUUGUAUGGAGAUGUUUUGAUAAAUGGAGCACCUCGACCUGCCAAUUUCAAAUGUAAUUCGGGUUACGUGGUACAAGAUGACGUCGUGAUGGGCACUUUGACAGUGAGAGAAAACUUGCAGUUCUCAGCAGCUCUUCGACUCCCAACGACUAUGACAAACCAUGAGAAAAACGAGCGGAUUAACAAGGUCAUUCACGAAUUAGGUCUGAAUAAAGUGGCAGAUUCCAAGGUUGGAACUCAGUUUAUCCGAGGUGUGUCUGGAGGAGAAAGAAAAAGGACUAGCAUAGGCAUGGAGCUGAUUACCGAUCCUUCCAUCCUGUUCCUGGAUGAGCCUACCACUGGCUUAGACUCGAGCACAGCGAAUGCUGUCCUUUUGCUCCUAAAAAGGAUGUCGAAGCAGGGACGAACCAUCAUCUUCUCCAUUCAUCAGCCUCGAUAUUCCAUCUUCAAGUUGUUUGAUACUCUCACCUUACUGGCCGCAGGAAGACUGAUGUUCCAUGGCCCUGCCCAGCAGGCCUUGGAGUACUUUGCAUCAGCAGGUUACCAAUGUGAGCCCUACAAUAACCCUGCAGACUUCUUCCUGGAUGUCAUUAAUGGAGAUUCAACUGCGGUGACAUUAAACAGGGAGGAAAACAACCAUGAAGCCACAGAGACUAUAGAGCCUUCCAAGAGAGAUACUCCAAUCAUAGAGAAAUUAGCUGAGUUUUAUGUCAACUCGUCCUUCUGUGGAGAAACAAAGGCUGAAUUAGAUCAGCUCGCAAUGACUCAGAAAAAGAAGAAGAGCACAGUCUUCAAGGACAUUACGUAUGCCACCUCCUUCUGCCAUCAGCUCAGAUGGAUUUCCAGGCGUUCGUUCAAAAACUUACUGGGUAACCCCCAGGCCUCCAUAGCUCAGAUAAUUGUCACAAUCAUCCUGGGACUGGUCAUAGGUGCCAUUUACUUUGGGCUAAAAAAUGAUACUUCUGGAAUCCAGAAUCGAGCCGGGGUUCUCUUCUUCCUGACGACCAACCAGUGUUUCAGCAGCGUGUCGGCCGUGAGCCUCUUCCGUGGUCGGAGAAAGUCUUUAUGUGAACAUGAAUAUAUCAGUGGAUACUACCGCGUGUCAUCUUACUUCUUCGGAAAACUGUUAUCUGAUUUACUACCCAUGAGGAUGUUGCCAAGUAUUAUAUUUACCUCCAUAACAUACUUCAUGUUAGGAUUGAGGCCAGACGCAAGUGCCUUCUUCAUCAUGAUGUUUACCCUUAUGAUGGUGGCCUAUUCGGCCAGCUCCAUGGCGCUGGCCAUAGCAGCAGGUCAGAGUGUGGUUUCCAUAGCGACACUUCUCAUGACCAUCUCUUUCGUGUUCAUGAUGAUUUUUUCAGGCCUGCUGGUAAAUCUCACAACCAUUGCCUCUUGGCUGUCCUGGCUCCAGUAUUUCAGCAUUCCUCGAUACGGCUUCACGGCUUUGCAGCAUAAUGAAUUUUUGGGACUGAACUUCUGCCCGGGACUCAAUACAACGUUAAACGACACCUGUAGCUUCGCGACGUGCACCGGAGAAGAGUAUUUGUCCAGUCAGGGCAUUGAUCUCUCACCUUGGGGCUUGUGGAAGAACCACGUGGCCUUGGCUUGCAUGAUUGUUAUCUUCCUCACCAUUGCCUACCUAAAAUUGUUAUUUCUUAAAAAAUAUUCGUAAAUUCCCCUUUUAUGUGCUAGGAUUUAUCCUCACCUGAGAAAGGAGCACCUUGAUUUAUCUUGCAUAUUCAAUCAAGUUUUCUUCUGGUCUUCUGUUCAGUUGCCAUUGUAUUGCUGUUCAGCAACGAUUACCUUCAACAGAAACACUCAUAGAAAUCACAGUGGACUGAAUUAUACAUGAAAAAGCCCAAGUCAUCAAGCUGGCAGGCAGGAAUAUGGAGCUUUUUUUUCUAUAAUUGUAAUAUAAAAAGUUUUUAAAAAGUAAAAAAAAAAAAAAAAAAAA